AUGUCGGUCAAGAGCUGCCCAGACCUGAUCACGAAGCAGCCGAGUGCUGUGAAGAAUUGCGACGUGGUACUCUUCACGGUUCCCAGCAGUUUCCACGAGCAGUACUUUGCUGCCCUGGAGCCCUACGUCCAGCCCGGCACAAUAUUCGCUGUGAUGCCCGCGCGCUCUGGCUGCGACUUCCUUUUCAAAAAGGUCAUGGGCGAGAAGGCGGAUUCCUUGGGCCUAGUGGCCUUCGAGACGCUGCCCUGGGCCUGCCGCUUCAACGACUGGGGCAAGACCGCAACCGUCCUCGGCACCAAGGAGUCCAUUGGUGCCGCGGUGGUGCCCCCGGCAAACCAGAGCAAGCUGGACGUGAUCUUGAAGCUCCAGGGCUUGCUGGGGGUGGAGCCCAAGAUCGUCGAGUGCCCCAACGUCAUGAGCAUCAGCCUGGGCAACCCGGGCCAAGUGAUCCACCCCGGGGUGACCUAUGGGAAGUGGAGCAAGUGGGAUGGCAAGCCCCUGGAUAAGAAGCCGCUCUUCUACCAUGGCUGCGAUGCAGAGACAGCGGAUGUGCUCAUGGGCAUCUCCGAAGACAUCAAAGGCAUUUGCAAGGCGCUCAAGACUUUGGACCCCAGCUAUGACACCAGUCAGGUCAAGACCAUCAUGGAAUGGUACAUGGCAUCCUACUCCACGAGCAUCACCGACGGCAGCAGCUUGAAGGCUGCAAUGAAUACCAACAGCGCCUAUGAGGGCCUUUGCCACCCGAUGAAAGAGGUGCAAGGAGGCUUUGUUCCGGACUUUCAGUUCCGCUACCUCAGUGAGGACGUGCCCACGGGCCUUUGCUUCACUCGCGGAGUGGCUGAGCUGCUCGGAGUGAAGACUCCGAGCGUCGACAAGGUGCUGCUCUGGAGCCAGGCCAAGCUCGGCAAGGAAUUUCUGAAGGACGGCAAGAUGCAGGGCAAAGACAUCAAAGACACACGUGCUCCUCAAGCUUUUGGCGUCGCCAGCAAGGACAGUCUUUGCAAAUUCUUGAGGAUCAAGAAGGAAGCAAAAUGCUGUGGUCUUUGCUGA